GCAGCAUGAUUUUACUGGCAAUGCUUCAAGGAUCCAGAUGUUUUCUUCUCCUCUUUACAAUUAUUUUAGUGAAAAGUAUACAGGCACAACAAGCUUUCCUGACCCAACCCAGGAAUGUCACAGUGCAGGCUGGCGCUAAGGCUCAGCUGAACUGUCACGUACUGAGGGCAACAGGACUAGUCCAGUGGGUGAAGGAUGGUCUACUACUGGGGCCCCAGAGAAACUUGCCAGGCUUUCCACGGUAUAGCAUCUUUGGAGAUGAGAGGAGAGGGGAAUACCAUUUGCUGAUUGAGGAUGUGGCCUUGGAGGAUGAUGCCCCUUAUGAAUGCCAAGUUGGACAGUCAGAGAGCAGUCCAGCAAUCAUCUCACAAACUGUAUGGCUAAAUGUACAGGUUCCUCCCUUAAAGCUACAAAUUGAACUGGAGUCAUCUGAGACAUGGGUUGCAGGUAAAGAGUACUCAGUGAAGUGCAUGGCUACUGAUGCUAAACCUGCAGCAGAAAUUACUCUGUUCAAAGAUGGAAUACAACUUACAGACCUUGACAUAGACACCAUGCCUGGCUCAGAGGAUAAGCUCAUGAACACUGAAGCAGAAGUGAGAGUCAAGGCAGAAGGUGCAGAUCAUGGAGGACAGUUGGUCUGCCAGGCAAUGAAUUCUGCACUAACUGCUGCCAUAAUUGAUACGAAGUUGAUGACAAUCUACUUCCCUCCCCAGGCUCCUGUGAUAGAAGGCCUGGAGAGUACUACCGUCAAAGCUGGGACUACACUAAAACUAGUUUGCCUGUCACAUGGAGGAAACCCACUGGCUUCCCUUCAAUGGACAAAGAAUGGGAAACUUUUGUCAAGUAGCUGGGAAGAGGAUGUUGUUCAAAGAAGAUCCAGGAGCCUGUUAAUCUUGAUGGUGACUGCAGAGGAUAAUCAAGCCAUUCUGCAGUGUGAAAGUAUCAACCAGGUGUCCCUAGCUCCACUCUACAUCAGCCAUAUUCUAACUGUGUACUUUGAGCCUGCCAAGGUGAAUUUAUUGGGAACUUUUGAAGCAAUUGAGGGGAAAACAGUGACAUUAUGUUGCCAUGCAAGUUCCAGUAACCCUCCAGUCCAGAUACGUUGGUGGUUAGGCUUUAAGGAACUUAACACAACAGUUAGAUCUAUGUCAGAGGGUGAAAAUGGGGGGAUGAUGACCAUGUCCAACCUUACAUAUACUGUCUCUCGUGAAGAGAAUGGUCUUCCGCUCUCAUGUGAGGCAUUCAACAAAGGCACCCACUUCUCCAGCAGCACAUCUAAGCCACUUAAUGUGUUAUAUCCACCACAAAAGGUGUGGCUAGAUGCUCCCCCAGAGGAUGUAACACUCCAAUCAGGACAUCCAUUGCGUCUGUUGUGUUUUUCAAGUGGAGGGAAUCCUAGAGGACAGCUCACAUGGUUUAAAAAUGGUGAAGCCAAACAGGAUACCUCUAAUCAAGUCUCCUUAGAAAGAGGUGUUGCCCGAGAGCUCAGAUUCAUCCUACAGCCCAGUGACAACUUGGCCACAUUCCGCUGUGAUGCUACCAACAAGGCUAAGAAAGUACUUUCUGUCAAGACCAGGCUUAAAGUACAGUUUGCAGCAAUCAAAGUAGAAAUCAAAGUAGUGGUGCAGGAAAAAACACCGCAAGUUCUACGCAGAGGUGAAACUGUGAGUCUGAUCUGCUUGUGUGGCAGCAGCAACCCAAAAGCUAAUAUUACCUGGACUGUAGGCUCUAACAGGCUAAGUGGGGUGGAAACAGAUAGCAAAGAAGCAGAGUAUGGUGGUGUGUCCUUUAGAAGUACUCUGUCCUUCUCUCUCACCUCUCAGCACCACCAGCAGAGGGUCACCUGCAAUGCUUUCAGCAAACUGCUCUCUGGGGGAGUCAGCUCUUCCUAUACACUCAAUGUGCUUUUUCCCCCUGAGUUCAGCUCUGACCAGCCCAAAGAGGUGAAGGCUGUAGAAAAUGAUGAAGUCAGUCUUCCUCUGAUGGUGUCUGCCAAUCCAAAAGAAAUAACAUGUGACUGGAUCUAUCAUGGAAGAAAGCUAGAUAAAGAGAUUGACUUUCGAUACAGCUGGGAUGAUGAUUUUGUGCUUAAGAUCAAAAAUGUGACAAGACAUGAUGCAGGAGUGUAUGCCAUUGAAUGUUCAAAUGACGAGGGGCAGAACCAUACUCAAAUCUACCUACAUAUUUCCUAUGCACCAAGGAUCAGAAUGAAAUCAAAUAUUGUGUAUGUGGACAUUGGUGGAACCAUAGAUCUGCUUUGUGAAGUAGAAGCCAAUCCUGUAUCCGCCGGAAUGUUCUCCUGGAGUUGGCUUGGAGAUGGAGAGAUAGACCUAGAAUCUCAGCAUGAAGAUGGUACAACUGGAUGGCUGACCCUAUUUGACGUUACUCGUGCCCACACUGGAACUUACCAGUGCAAUGUCGACAAUGGAAUCAGUCCUCCUGCAGUAGCAGAAGUCAAACUCAUUGUUUAUUUUAAACCACACUUGAAGAAGGGGCCUCAGUGGAAUAAGGUUGCAAGUCGUGGUGAUGGUGUCAGCACAGUGGAUAUAGCAUGUCAAGCAGAAGGCAUACCCAAGGUUCAUUUCAACUGGGCCAAGAAUGGAAUGAUCAUGGAUUUCAGCAAUCCCAGGUAUAUGGAGCAUACUGUUCGAGUGGGAGCAGUACAUACAAGCACACUUAGCAUUGAGAAUGUGAGCGCAACAGAAGACUAUGCUAUCUUCACCUGCACCGCCUCUAACAACUUGGGGGAGGACAGUUUGGACAUUCAACUACUCAGCACCAAUCACCCUGAGCCCCCAUCUAACUUGAGACUGCUGCAUGUCAGCAAUAACUCUGUGACACUGGAGUGGAAGCCAGGGUUUGAUGGCGGCUUGACACAGAAAUUUCGUAUCAGGUAUCACUGGAAAGGCUUCUCUAGCUAUCACUAUGUGGAUGUUUUCCCACCCAAAGCAACAGUCUACACAGUCACUGGCCUUUUGCCAGCAACCACUUAUAAUUUUUCUGUGAAUGCUGUCAAUAACAUGGGAGAGAGUAACUACGCUGAUGGCAAUACUGUUCUCACUGUUACUACAAGAGUAGGAGAAGACCCAACCGUACAGCAACACUCUCCAGGGGACAAUAACUUUAUCACAAAAGGAGUGCACUGA